GCCACAGAUAGUUGAGAACAGCGAGAAGGAAAUGCACGUAAACUAUGGUGGACAAAUCAAAAUGUUUUGCACGGCAGUUGGAUCACCUUUCCCAAGUAUCACGUGGAAAAAAGGAAGACGAAUAAUAGGUACGAGGUGCCAUGUUCUCGUAUUGGAAAAAUACCGAAAACUCGUGUAUUUUAACUCUGUUGUUAAGUUACACUUCAUCCGGCAUAAUUUAUAGACUGAGACUAUAUUGAAAAACAAAAUGCAUUAAUUCAUUCAUUCAAGAUGAAAUUAAUUUUCGGAAUUUGUUUCUUUUCAUUGUCGAACUUUUUCAAGUCGAAAUGAAAAAUUAUCUACUCUUAGAACAGGUUGGCAACUUUUUGCAUUACCGAAAAAUUCGAUAAUUUCGAUAUACCAAUAUUCUUAAAACACCGGUUAUCGAAUAACCGGUAUAAAAUACUGAAAAUUGUCGAUAAUGUAUCGAUAUACCGGAUAAUCACGUUAGUCAUCAUCAUCAUCACAACAGCAAACCAUCAUCAAAAAUACUGUAUCAACAGUAUAUAAACGUCAUUACCGGCACCUUAGGCUUAGUACAUAUAUCAAUGGGUUACAGGAAAUUUGAUUGGUUCUGUAACGAUUCACAAUGGCAACAACAACAAUAAUGAUAAUACAUAAUCACACAACAACACAUAACCACAAUAACAAUUCAUAACCACAACAACAACAACAAUAAAACAAACAUUACGAAUCUCUUUUAGAUCAAAAAGCCGACACAGUAAAAAUCGAAUCAAUAAAUCAAACAACAAAAAUCAAAAGUAUCUUAACAAUCAGCAGUGUUUGCAGUGACGGCUGUUUCAUUGGACGACUGGGGAGUACAGAUAGAAGGUACACAUGUGAGGCAAGAAAUAAGAACGGUACUUCUGGUAAAACAAGAUUCACAGUGAAAAUCAGUGGUAAGUGUAUUGGCUGCAGCAUUGACGUUGUACAUAUGCAUGCAUUUACUUAUUUCUUAAUCAUUGGUUAAUAGCCUCCUCCGCAGGCAUCUCUGUGGUUUGAGAUACCUGCGGAGGAAUCUUAUCAUCGGUAGGCUUCAGUCUUGGGCUCUUGAGCCUCGUUUUCGUGAUUGAGAUGUUUGGUUUAUAGAACCCUUAAUCUUUUUACAGAUUUAUCUCAUUUACGAAGCCAUGUAGUUAUAUCAGUGAAUAUUGAUAUUAAAGACCUGUUUAUAAUUUUGUAAUGAGUAACAAGAUAAAGGGCUCUAAAGCUAAUGUCUCAAUUACGGAAAUGAAGUUCUAUGGCCAGUACGUUUCGGACGGGUAAUAUAUUCUGAUUUUCACUACUGAAUUCCGGCGAAAAUCGAAAAUCACCGGAUCCUGGCUAUAACCAGAGGCCAGAGCGUGUGCUUUUAGAGUAUAUUUCAUACGAUGCAGGGUGUGUCAAUCUUUGUUUUACUUCUAAUUUGGAUAUAUUUUCUGGCUUAACAGGAAUGCCAAAGGCGCCAGUGAUUCAUAGUUCGGAAGUGAUAAGCAGUUCUAGUAUUUUAGUGAAAUGGAAAGCAGUUACGAUGGUUGCUAAACCUGUAAUUUUGUAUACGCUGUAUUACAACGCUGAUCAAGAGAAGAGUCCACGUGCUGUUAACAUUACAGUCAAAAAUAGUACCGGCAAUUAUGAACAUCGUCUACUAAAGUUAAACCAACUGACAGCAUACUCGAUUUCUCUAUCCGCAACAAACAUUUUUGGUGAAGGAACUGUCUCAGAGCCCGUCGUAGAGAAAACAUCACCCAUAGGUAAGGACAAAAGAACAUUACUGUCAUAUCAGCCAGUUAUAAAUUCGCUUUGGUCUCAAACCCUAGUUGUUAAUUCUGGGAUACGUACUUAGUGCACCGACUUUCCUCUGGCUCUCCCUGCCAGGCGAAGAAAAUAACAAUGUCCUCUUUUUUGAAAAACUAUGCUAUACAGUAGAAAGCGUUAUAAUUGAUUUAUAUUGUCUUUAUUGCUAGACCCACAACCUCCGGAAAUAUUGAAUGAUGGUACUGUUACACAUCAAAACAUCUCUUUGACAUUUGUCAAAUCUCUAUUAAACAAGCGCGGAGUAAUUUUGUAA